UUUUUUAGAUACUAAAAUGUACCUUAGUAACAACUUUUGUACCUUUUUUUCAGAGCGUUGGAUGACCCUUCCUAAAUCCUGGAUGGACUGUUUUAGAUAUGAUUGCACAUUUAGCAUUUUAACCACUUAAAAUGGUGGUUGAACACUUCUUCUUCCUGCAGCCCAAACAAACUGUCAGUAAGAAUUUAGACACUUUAAUUGGACAUUUUAUGAUUCCUGAUGCUUUUUUCACACAGAUGUUUCUAUCAAAGUGUGAUUCAUCAGUGUAUUGUUCCUGUGGGACACCGUCAGCCGUGGUCUGCCCGGCCCGUAAUGUCACUACAGGUGAGCUGGCUGCUAUCAAGGUCAUUAAACUGGAGCCAGGCGAGGACUUUGCAGUGGUUCAGCAGGAAAUAAUCAUGAUGAAAGACUGCAAGCACUCUAACAUUGUGGCCUAUUUCGGUAGUUACUUAAGGAGGGAUAAAUUAUGGAUAUGUAUGGAAUACUGUGGGGGAGGUUCAUUGCAAGACAUAUAUCACGUUACUGGGCCACUAACAGAAUCACAGAUAGCAUAUGUAACAAGAGAAACCCUUCAGGGUUUAUAUUACCUACACAACAAAGGAAAGAUGCACCGAGACAUAAAGGGUGCCAAUAUUUUAUUGACGGACAAUGGUUACAUCAAGCUAGCUGAUUUUGGUGUAUCUGCACAGAUCACAGCAACACUAGCUAAAAGAAAAUCCUUCAUCGGGACUCCUUAUUGGAUGGCCCCAGAGGUGGCCGCCGUGGAAAGGAAAGGAGGAUACAAUCACCUGUGUGACAUCUGGGCUGUGGGCAUCACCGCCAUUGAACUAGCUGAACUGCAACCUCCCAUGUUUGACCUUCAUCCAAUGAGGGCUCUGUUUUUGAUGACGAAAAGCAACUUUCAACCCCCCAAAUUAAAAGACAAAGUUAAAUGGACCAACAAUUUCCACAAUUUUGUGAAGCUGGCUUUGACGAAAAAUCCGAAGAAACGGCCACCAGCUGACAAGUUAUUGCAGCAUCCCUUUGUAUCCCAACCGUUAAGUCGUAUUUUGGCAAUUGAGCUGCUGGAUAAAGUGAACAACCCUGACAGCUCGUCCUACACAGACCUGGAUGAUGACGACCCAGAGCCGGAGCCUCCAGUGUCUGUUCCACAUCGGAUUCGCUCAGCAAGCCGUACCAGUCGGGAAGGGAAGACUCUGUCAGAGAUUAACUUCGGUCAGGUGAAGUUUGACCCUCCUUUAACAACAGAGACAAAACCACAUCAUGAACCGCCCGACACUGACGAUUUUUUGGACUGUGCCGAAGAAAUAUACUACACUGCAAGAUCUAAUCUGGAUUUACAGAUGGAUUAUGAGCAGGAAUCCCCUGAAGGCUCCAUCCUGGGAGGAAAUAAGAGCCUCUUGAAAUCUGUUGAAGAAGAGCUGCACCAGAGGGGGCAUAAGGCUCAUUUGGAGGAUGAUGAUGAGGGUGAAGAUGAUGGAGAUGAUCAUCAUGAUGAUGAAUUGCAACACACUAAAAGCUCCACUAUGAGGCCCACGUUCCCCCCACCACUUCCUCCCAAGCCAAAGUCCAGUCCCGGACCACAUCAAAGCCCCUCUGGUGAUCAUGACGGUAACCAGGGCACUAUAAAGCACUGCCUGGGGCCCGAAAGCCCAUCUCGAUCAUCCAUCAAUGUGCCCCCUCGACCUCCACCUCCUCGACUGCCUGCAAACAAGCUCAGCAGUUUAGGUAACGAGACCAGUCGGGAAGAACAUGGCCCUUGGGAAGCCCAGGGGGAUGCUGGGAUAUGUAGUCAGUUCGACGAGAGGCUGCAGGUCUCAUUUGAUGAAGAGGAAGAUCAUGAUGAGGAAGGAGACAGCAAUGGAAUUAGCUCAUCUGAACACUUGCCCUCAACAGAGAGACAGUCCACAAUGCCCCCUGCUGUUUCUAUACCAAAGGACAAGAAAGAUUUUCCAAAACCAAUCAGCAAUGGUCUCCCUCCAACUCCAAAGGUUCAUAUGGGAGCAUGUUUCUCUAAAGUCUUCAAUGGCUGCCCAUUAAAGAUACACUGCGCUACCUCAUGGAUCAACCCAGACACACGAGACCAGUAUCUGAUAUUUGGAGCAGAGGAAGGUAUUUACACAUUAAACCUUAAUGAGCUGCACGAGACGUCCAUGGAGCAGCUUUUACCCAGGAGAUGUACUUGGCUGUAUGUCAUGAGCAACAGCCUGCUAUCAAUAUCCGGAAAAGCAUGUCAUCUGUACUCUCACAGUCUGAUGGGCCUAUUUGAACAUGCUCGACAAAUGCAGAAGCUCCCUGUUGCCAUACCAACACAUAAAUUGCCUGACAAAAUAAUCCCCAGGAAAUUCACAAUCUCCACUAAGAUCCCUGAAACAAAAGGGUGUCAAAAGUGCUGUGUAGUGAGGAAUCCGUAUACUGGUCACAAGUACCUGUGCGGUGCCUUUCAGUCCAGUGUUGUCCUUUUUGAGUGGGUGGAGUCCAUGCAGAAAUUCAUGUUGGUCAAGAGCAUAGACUUCCCCCUGCCGUGUCCGCUGGAGGUGUUUGAGAUGCUGGUGGUUCCAGAGCAUCAGUAUCCUCUCAUCUGCAUGGCUGUGAGCAAAGGGACAGAGCUCAACCAGGUGGUGCGGUUCGAGACCCUCAACCCCAACUCUACCUCCAAUUGGUUUGAUUCUGAUACCCCACAGAGCUGUGUAAUCCAUGUGACCCAGCUGGAGAGAGAUACAAUUUUAGUCUGCUUAGAUCGGUGCAUUAAGAUUGUAAAUUUGCAAGGUCGGUUGAAGUCCAGUCGAAAACUCUCAGCAGAACUGACUUUUAACUUCCAGAUUGAAUCAAUAGUUUGCCUUCAAGACAGUGUGUUGGCCUUCUGGAGGCAUGGCAUGCAAGGACGCAGCUUCAAGUCCAAUGAGAUUACACAGGAGAUUUCUGACAACUCAAGGAUAUUCAGGCUGCUGGGUUCAGACAGAGUGGUGGUUUUGGAGAGCCGACCAACAGACAACCCCACAGCACACAGCAAUCUCUACAUCCUCGCAGGCCACGAAAACAGCUACUGACUGCAAUGAAUUAUGGGAUAAAAA